AUUCGAGCCGGCCCCCAGCGAGACCUCAGAUACAGCGGGCGUCUCGACUCAACUCACAGUUGGACUUUGUUUUUGUCGAAGUCCUUUGGCUGCGCAAACUUUAAGACAAAGUCGCUGCCACGCGGCCGCAGCACAUCAGCGAGUGGCUAGAAGACUUUGUGUUGUGUGUGUUCGCGCGGAGCAGCAGCAGCAGCAGCCUAUCGCAUCGAUUUGGUCAAGAUCAAGACCCUCUUAGCGUAUCUCGUGAAAAUCCACAAGCCCACCGCACACUUCGCAUACACACACACGCAGCAGCACUUGGAUUUCUUUUUGUCUACGGUGAAAACAGAAUUAAGUUAUUUUUAUAAUCACAGGGGCAGAUUUUUUGAGGGCAUAUUAAUUUAUUCGUAGCGGAGUGGGUUGCUGCCCAAAAGUGAUCGGUAAACCCUGCAGCCGUAGCCGCUGCCGUUGUCAGUGGCGUAGCAGUCAGCUGUGGUCGGCACGGCUAGCGGAUCAGCUGCUGUUAUUUUGUGUGUAGCAUUUCUUCGGAAGCCGAGAGCGAAGACGGGAGUAAGGGGAGGGGGAGAGGAGAGAGAUGUGUUUGUUCAAAGGAUGGCCGGCGGUGGUGGCUCUUGUGUUACUCAACAUCUUCGGACUUCACGGCUUUGAGUACAACGGUGGCGGCGGAGGCGGCGGGAUGAAAGCGUUCGACCUCUUCGAGCUCACCAAGCUGAGCCGCAGCAACGCCGGCGUGAAGCCCGUCAAGGGGCCCGAGCGGGGCCCCGCCUUCAAGAUCGUCAAGGCGGCCAAGAUCCCGGCGGUGACGGGCCAGCCCCUCGAGGAGCUCGUGGAGGCGCUGCGCCGUGACGAGGGCUUCACCUUCCAGGCGACGCUGCGGCAGGAGAAGCGCAGCACCGGCACGCUCGUGUCCGUCGGGCCCCUGGCGAAGACGUCGCCGCGCCUCUUCGAGAUCAUCUCGAACGGGCGCGCCGACACGCUCGACCUGGCGUACGCGGUGAACGGCGAGCAGAGCGUCUUCUCCUUCGAGGAGGUGGAGCUGGCGACGCCGCAGUGGAAGAACGUGACGCUGCACGUGUCGGGCGAGGACGCCGAGCUGUACGUGGGCUGCGAGCGAGUGGACACGCUCACCCUGGAGGGCCUCAACUUCGAGCAGCUCGCGGCCGAGGGCAACGCGCUACGGCUCGGGAAGGGCGCCCUCAAGGACGCCGACGACUUCAAGGGGGCCUUGCAAAACAUUCGCUUCGUGUUCGGCACCACGGUGGAGGACAUCCUACGAAGCAAGGGCUGCCCUGCCGCCCAGCGGACACCGGUGCUUGCAGGAAACAAGCUGAACUUCAUGAACCCGCAGCUCGGGGGAUUGGGUGACCAGUGCGACAUGUCCUGCAACGCCGUGUCGGAGAUGGUCCGGGAGCUCCGUGGCAUUCAGAGGGCGGUCACCACGUUAGUGAGCGGCUUCGACGAUGUGAGAAACCAGACGGACCUCAUCAGCAAGGGGAUCGGCUUCAACAAGAGAGGCGAGUGCCACUUCGAAGGGACGCAGUUUGCCAACGGCACCAACUGGACGGUGGACACCUGCACGUCCUGCACAUGUGAGGAAUCCGUGACAUUUUGCCGGCAAAUCAGCUGCCAAGAGGUUUCGUGCAACAACGCCACCACGCCGGAGGGCGAGUGCUGCCCGACGUGCUAUGUGCUGGAGGAGGGCUGGUCGCCGUGGUCCGAGUGGACGUCGUGCACCGUGUCUUGCGGGCGCGGGCUGCAGCAGCGCGGCCGCUCGUGCGACCGCAUCAAGCACGAGUGCCAGGGCCCGUCCAUCCAGACGCGCACGUGCCACCAGCGGGAGUGCGACAAGCGCAUCCGCCAGGACGGCGGCUGGAGCCACUGGUCGCCGUGGUCUUCGUGCUCGGCGACGUGCGGCGUGGGCUCCAGCACGCGCAUGCGGCUCUGCAACUCCCCGACGCCGCAGUUGGGCGGCGAGGACUGCGCUGGCAGCGGGCGCGACACCAAGGAGUGCAAUCUGAUGCCCUGCCCCGUGGACGGGCAGUGGGGCCCCUGGUCUCUGUGGUCGACGUGCUCCGUGACCUGCGCCGGGGGCUCGCGGACGCGCAUGCGCCUCUGCAACAACCCCGAGCCCAAGCACGGCGGGCGGCGCUGCGCGGGACUCAGCUCCGACACCGGCGUCUGCAACACCCAGGACUGUCCCAUCGACGGCUGUCUCUCCAACCCGUGCUUCGCGGGAACAAAGUGCAUCAGCUUCGUCGACGGCUCGUGGAAGUGCGGCGCCUGCCCGCUCGGUUACCGCGGCGAUGGCCUGCACUGCGAGGACAUCGACGAGUGCACGGAGGUGCCGGAUGUCUGCUUCUCGACAACGAGCGUGUCGCGCUGCACCAACCUGAACCCGGGCUUCAAGUGCCUCCCGUGCCCCCCGCGCUACUCGGGCACCCAGCCCCAGGGUCUCGGACUGGAGGACGCAAAGACCAAUAAGCAGGUGUGCGUGCCCAAGAACCCGUGCGAGGACGGGAGCCACAACUGCCACGUGGACGCGGACUGCGUGUACCUGGGCGUGCACACGGAGCUCGUGUUCCGCUGCGAGUGCAAGACAGGGUUCGCCGGCAACGGCUUCGUGUGCGGCGAGGACAUUGACCUUGACGGGUGGCCCAACAAGGAGCUGCCCUGCGUGGCCAACGCCACCUACCACUGCCUCAAGGAUAACUGCCCCGAGCUGCCCAACUCCGGGCAGGAGGACCACGACAAGGAUGGCCUUGGCGACGCCUGCGACAACGACGACGACAACGACGGAUAUCCCGAUGACAGGGACAACUGCCCGAUGCUGUUCAACCCGCGGCAGUACGACAGAGACCGCGACACGGUCGGUGACCUCUGCGACAACUGCCCCGAACACCCCAACGCCGACCAACGCGACACGGACCGCAACGGCGUGGGAGACGCGUGCUCACCCGACAUCGACGGAGACAGCGUUCUCAACGAGGGCGACAACUGCCCGUACGUGUACAACAGCGACCAGCGCGACUUCGACACGGAUGGCGUGGGAGACAUGUGCGACAACUGCCCCCUGCAGUACAACCCCGACCAGCGCGACUCCGACUCGGAUCUGGUGGGCGACACGUGCGACAGCAACGAGGACAUCGACGAGGACGGCCACCAGAACAACCUGGACAACUGCCCGUACAUCCCCAACUCGAACCAGGCCGACCACGACGGCGACGGCAUCGGAGACGCCUGCGACCACGACGACGACAACGACGGCAUUCCCGACGAGCGCGACAACUGCCGCCUCGUCGCAAACCCCGACCAGCUCGACUCCAACGGUGACGGCCGUGGGGACAUCUGCCAGUACGACUUUGACCACGACAACGUGACGGACACCGAGGACGUGUGCCCAGAGAACUUCGCCAUCACCAGCACGGACUUCCAGCGCUUCCAGAUGGUGCCGCUCGACCCCACGGGCACCUCGCAGAUCGACCCCAACUGGGUGGUGCGCCACCAGGGCAAGGAGCUCGUGCAGGAGGUCAACUGCGACCCGGGGCUCGCCAUUGGCUACGACGAGUUCAACGCGGUGGACUUCAGCGGAACGUUCUACAUCAACACGGACCGCGACGACGACUACGCGGGCUUCGUGUUCGGCUACCAGUCGAGCGCGCGCUUCUACGUGGUCAUGUGGAAGCAGAUCACGCAGUCCUACUGGCAAGACACGCCCACGUGGGCCCAGGGCUUCGCCGGCCUGCAGAUCAAGGUGGUGAACUCCACGACGGGGCCCGGCGAGCACCUCCGCAACGCCCUCUGGCACACCGGCAACACCCCCGGGCAGGUUCGUCUGCUGUGGCACGACCCAAAAACCAUCGGCUGGAAGGAUUACACGGCGUACAGGUGGCAGCUGACUCACCGGCCCAAAUCCGGACUCAUCAGGGUGGUGAUGUACGAGGGCAGGCACAUCAUGGCCGACUCGGGCCCCCUGUACGACAAGACGUACACCGGGGGACGUCUCGGUCUGUUCGUCUUCUCCCAGGAGAGCGUCUACUUCUCGGACAUGAAGUACAAGUGCAAAGAUUGGUAGAGACAGUUUAGAGAAAUUUGGUGGGGGAACAUCAACA